AUGAAUUAUUUUUCUAAAUACAAAGUUAUUGAAUCUAAUAGGUUGUUAUAUACAAGUAAUGUAAAAUAUGAUAAUUAUUUUAUAAAUAUAAAUAAAAAGAAUCAAGUGAAAAAUAAAAAUGAAAGUUAUAGUUUUAUAAAAUUGUUAUUUCGAAAAUGUAUAAUUUUUUUUAUCAUUUAUUUUUUGUUUAUAAUUCCAUUGAAUGAAGUAAUAUACAAUAAAUAUGAUUAUUCUAGUAAAUCCAUUCAACAUUAUUGUAUUAGAAAUUUAUCAGAGUGUUUUAGGGGUAAAAGUGCGUUGAACGAUGAUUCAGAAAGUUGUAGGUGCAGUAAUUUGUUGAAAGAAAAAAAAAAAACUGAAGAAAAUUCGGAAGAAAUAAGAAAGUAUCUUAGUGAUAAAACCAAAAAAAGAAAUUCUCUAUAUAAAUAUAAAUUAAAGGGUUCUAAAGGGAAAAGUGUAAAAAAUAUUGUAGGGAAUAAAGAAGGUAGUAUACAUGAAAAUACUGAUUUAUAUAGUGAUAGUGAUGUAGAAUAUGACUAUGGAAAUCUAUUUUACGAUUGUUAUUAUACUGAAGGUUUAAUUGAUCAGGGGGAGGAAAAUGAAGAGGAAAAAUUUUAUGAAGCACGAGAAGAUUUUGAGGGUGAAGAAAAAAAUAAAUGUAAGAUAAAAGAAAGUGAAAAAUCAUUUAAAAAAGAAAAUGACUGUAAGGUAGAAAAUGUAGAAAAUAUCAAUUAUGAACGUGUUUAUAGUUGGGAAUUAGGAAAAGAAGCUUUGACGAAAUUAUUAGGAUGUUCUAAUAAAUUAAGUGUAAAUAAUGUGAAAUAUUCUGAUUGGAAAUUCAAAUCUAUUCCAACUGUAGGUUUUUCAAAAGAUGGUGAUAGACUUCAAGAAAUGUAUAAAGCUUCAGUUUGUUCAUAUACUGAGGAAUGUCAAGGGGAAGUUUAUUUAUUUGUUAAAAAGAUACCUAUAGAGGUAUGGAUAAGACAGUACAACUUGAUGAAUGAUAAUGAUGGAGAAUAUUUAUUAGAUGGGGAAAAUUUUAUUAUGGAAGCAGUAGCCUGCGCUUAUUUAAGCGAGCAUUAUCCUGGACUCACACCUAAAUUGUACAAGGUAUUAUAUGAGCCUGAAUGUGCUAACUGUAAUGAAGAGGAUAAGAAUAUGAGUGAAAAUAAUCAUAAGAAGGAUAGUAAACAUAAGGGGGAUAGUAAUCACAAAAGUGAUAGUAAUCACAAAAGUGAUAGUAAUCAUAAAAGUGAUAGUAAUCAUAAAAGUGGUAGUAAUCACAAAAGUGAUUGUAAUCACAAGAGUGGUAGUAAUCACAAGAGUGAUAGUAAUCAUCAAAGUGAUUGUAAUCACAUGAGCGAUCAUAAUCACAAGAGCGAUAAUAACCACAAGAGUGAUAGUAGCCAUAAGAGUGAUAGUAGCCAUAAGAGUGAUAGUAGCCAUAAGAGCGGUAGUAACCAUAAGAGCGAUAAUAACCACAAGAGUGAUAGUAGCCAUAAGAGCGGUAGUAACCAUAAGAGCGAUCAUAAUCACAAGAGUGAUAGUAACCACAAGAGUGAUAGUAACCACAAGAAUGAAAGUAACCACAAGAAUGAAAGUAACCACAAGAAUGAAAGUAACCACAAGAAUGAAAGUAACCACAAAAAUGAAAGUAACCACAAAAAUGAUAGUAACCAUAAGAGCGAUAGUAACCACAUGAGCGAUCAUAAUCACAAAAGUGAUAAUAAUCACAAGAGUGAUCACAAUCACAUGAGCGAUCAUAAUCACAAAAGUGAUAAUAAUCACAAAAGUGAUAAUAAUCACAUGAGCGAUCAUAAUCACAAAAGUGAUAAUAAUCACAAAAGUGAUAAUAAUCACAAAAGUGAUAAUAAUCACAAGAGUGAUCACAAUCACAUGAGCGAUCAUAAUCACAAGAGUGAUAAUAACCAUAAGAGUGAUCAUAAUCACAAGAGUGAUAGUAACCACAUGAGCGAUCAUAACCACAUGAGCGAUCAUAACCACAAGAGCGAUCAUAAUCACAAGAGCGAUCAUAACCACAAGAGCGAUAAUAACCACAAAAGUGAUAGUAACCACAAAAGUGAUAGUAACCACAAGAGCGAUCAUAAUCACAAGAGUGAUAGUAACCACAUGAGCGAUCAUAACCACAUGAGCGAUCAUAACCACAAGAGCGAUCAUAACCACAAGAGCGAUAAUAACCACAAAAGUGAUAGUAACCACAAAAGUGAUAGUAACCACAAGAGCGAUCAUAAUCACAAGAGUGAUAGUAACCACAUGAGCGAUCAUAACCACAUGAGCGAUCAUAACCACAUGAGCGAUCAUAACCACAAGAGCGAUCAUAACCACAAGAGCGAUAAUAACCACAAAAGUGAUAGUAACCACAAAAGUGAUAGUAACCACAAAAGUGAUAGUAACCACAAGAGCGAUCAUAAUCACAAGAGCGAUCAUAAGCACAUGAGCGAUAAUAACCACAAGAGCGAUAAUAAUCACAAGAGCGAUCAUAAUCACAAGAGCGAUAAUAAUCACAAGAGCGAUCACAAUCACAAGAGUGAUAGUAAUCACAAGAGUGAUAGUAACCACAAGAGUGAUAGUAACCACAAGAGUGAUAGUAACCACAAGAGUGAUAAUAACCAUAAGAGCGAUCAUAAUCACAACAGUGAUAGUAAUCACAUGAGCGAUCAUAACCACAAGAGCGAUCAUAACCACAAGAGCGAUCAUAAUCACAAAAGCGAUAAUAACCACAAGAGCGAUAAUAACCACAAGAGUGAUCAUAAUCACAAAAGUGAUCAUAAAAAAAAUAAUAACAAUAAUAAGGAUAAUAAAAAUGACGAUAAUGAUGACAGUGAUGCAAGCGAUGCAGUUCAUGAAGAUAUUGAGUUACUUGAGUCUUAUAGUGAUUUGAAUAAAUUUAAUGAGAUGUUAACAGAACAAUUAAAUAAAAAUAAGGAUGGAUAUGUUGUUUUGGUUACUGAAUUAUUUGGUGAAGAUCUUUUUCAAUAUAUUAAUAAAAGGAAUGAAAAUGAAGAUACGCGUGUAAGAGAUGAAGAUAAAAAAAUAAUUAUGUUUGAAUUUUUAAAGUUAUUAAUAAAAUUACAUAAUGCAGGAUUGGUACAUCUUGAUAUAUCUCCUGAAAAUAUAUUGAUAGAAAAUAAUGGUGAGUUACGCUUAUGUGAUCUAGCUAAAUGUGCUCCAAUGUAUACACACAAUUUAAGACAUAUUAAAGGAAAUGGAAACGAUUUGUAUUCAUUUCAAUCUUGUCAACCUUGUGUUGGAAAAAUCCCAUGUAUUCCAAAAGAGUGUUGGGAUAUUAUUAGAGAACAUAUAAAAUUAAAAAUAGAUAAUCCUUUUGAACAUUUAUCAACUAUUACUGAUCAAGAAGAAAGAAAAAAAUAUUAUUUUGAUGUACAUUGUGUAGAUAAAUAUAUGCUUGGUAUAUUUUAUAUAUGGAUAUGGAAUUUAAAUUAUAUAUGGAAACGAGCUGACCCACCAAAUGAUAGAACAUUUAAUAAUUUCUUAAAAUAUAAUUUAAAUAUAAAUGUAUUUCAGUUAGCCAAACAAUGGCCAAAAGGUCUCAAAGAUAUAAUUAACAAAUUAUUAAGCCUAGAAAGUAGAAUGAAGACAGACUUAAAUGAAUUAACUGAACAUCCAUGGUGGAUUAAUGAAGAUUAA